AUUCGCGCAACGCGGUAUUCUGAGCUUUGGACAAAUGGUCACACUCGCAGUAUUGUUUUUUUCGCGAAUUCAAUUGCAGUUUUUUCGCAAACUUUUAAAUUAAAAGCAAUAAUCGAAAGGGCCAGUUACUAGACCGCAGCUCCGGGGACACGGGCAAGGAAAUCAUGACCGAGAAGUACGACGGCAACGGUGACUUUUCCGCCUUCAAUGACGAUGACAACGACUUCGGCGGCAAGCCUCGCAAAUCUGGUGGUUCUAUUGGAGCACCAGGCGGCGCACACAACGGCGACAGUUCCGCCCACGACCACGGCCAUCAUGGCGGAGAUCCCAGCGGCAGUGUCCAGAUAAACGAGAAGGCCAAUGAGUACAUACGCGAUUGUAUGGCCGAGCGAAAUCGCAUGGACAGGAAGUUCCCCAUUGCCGAGAAGCUGCUGGAGGGCGAGAUUGAAAAAGUUCAGACCACAGGAAGGAUCCCUUCCCGAGAGCAGAAAUACGCGGAUAUCUACAGAGAGAAGCCCCUGCGCAUCUCACAACGAGUUCUAGUGCCCAUUAGAGAGCAUCCUAAGUUCAACUUCGUUGGCAAACUGCUGGGACCCAAGGGCAACUCACUUCGCCGUCUACAAGAAGAGACCCUUUGCAAGAUGACCGUCCUGGGGCGCAACUCCAUGCGCGAUCGCGUCAAGGAGGAGGAACUACGCAGCUCCAAGGAUCCCAAGUACGCUCACCUCAACAGCGACCUGCACGUGGAGAUAUCCACAAUAGCGCCGCCAGCCGAAGCCUAUGCCCGAAUUGCCUACGCCAUGGCCGAGCUGAGGAAGUAUCUCAUACCAGAUAGCAACGACAUCAUCCGACAGGAGCAACUGCGAGAGUUGAUGGACAGCACUAGCCUAAACGACAAUGACAAUGCGAAGAGUGGUUAUAAAAAGACGCCCCACAUGCAAGGAGGUAACAAUGCCAUGGGUGGCGGUUCUAUUAAUGCCAUUGGAGGGGCCAAGAACACACCGCAUCAUAAUUAUAGGAGCUCGCAGCAGACCUCCUUCAGCAAAAAUGUGCUCGCUCCCAAGCAGAAAGUGAUGUCCAUAUUGGAAAAAGCCAGGACUGCCAUGGAUGAAACGUAUGGUCGCGGCUAUGACGACGGCAUUGGCUACGAUCCGCACCAAUCGUACGAUAGCUACUCCUAUGGUAGUCAUGGUCAUGGACCCCAUGGACCGCCGGCUAACAUCUUGGGCGGGGUGGGAGGCAUCAGCGGUGGCGGAGGGCGCGGUGGACACUACGAAAGCUCAGACUACGAGCCAGAUUAUGGAAGACGAGAGUACUACCAGCAUUCGCCCGGCUAUUCAGCUGGCGGCGGCGGAGGCGGAGGUCUGGGCACCGUCGGCGGUUCCCAAUCAAAUGCCAUCGGCGGCUCUGGCCUCAGUUCCAACCACAAUCGCAGCCAUGUUAACAGGUGAAACUUGCUGGACCCCAGCAGUGCCAGCGGAGGUCGAGCCACCAAUCCAGCGGCAACCACCCAAAAUCUGACCAUGAAAUCCCAACCCAAUAGCAACAACAACUUUUUGCCCAAUCACGGAGCAAGUGAGUGCCACACUGGCAAGAGCAUAAAUCCCAACUACUACUACAAUUCCAACGGCAGUUCCAAGCUAAAUCAGCAACAACUUCAGCAAUCGCAACCAAAUCUCCCACCGCAGCUAUCAGCCCACAACAGCAGCAGCAGUAACAACCGCAACAUCAGUAACAAUAACUCGAGCAACAACAAUAAUUGCAAUAGCAACUUUCACCCCAUGGGUGACAAAAACUCCAACGACGUUGCAUUUCUAUCCUCCUAUCGACUUGGCCCAAUGGAUGGCCAAAAGAGUGCCAACAGCAACAACAUCAACAAUCACACAUUAGGCAGUAAAAACCACAACAACAACAACACCACCACAACAACCGCUUCAGUGCCCAAUAUGCUAUUAGUAAGACCUGCUAAUCCUUCGCUACAUAUUGGCACAUUUCCGUUCUUGCCCGUGCAGUUUUUCUGAACCCAACAGAUACAACAACUACAACCAGAUCAACCACAUCAACAUCACAGAAACUUUGUACACUUGAGUUCAUAAGGUUAGAGGAAGGCGUGGGAGGAGUAUUUACAAAAUGGACAAAAUGAACUUUACGAUAUAUACCACAUACAAAACAUAUACAUAACAAAUAUA